UAUAAGGGCCCGGCAGGCCGCACGCGUGCCUCUUGGAGGAAGACGCGGUAGCAGCUGUCGGGGAGUUUCGGGCUUCACUCUCCGGCCCCCGCUCCUGACUCACCGCUGUUCGCUCUCGCGGAGGAACAAGUCGGUCAGGAAGCCGCACCGCAGCCAUGGCUUUUAAAGACACCGGAAAGACUCCCGUGGAGCCCGAGGUGGCGAUCCACCGGAUUCGGAUCACUCUCACCAGCCGCAACGUGAAGUCGCUGGAGAAGGUGUGUGCCGACCUGAUCAGAGGCGCGAAGGAGAAGAACCUCAAGGUGAAGGGGCCGGUGCGGAUGCCCACCAAGACCCUGAGAAUAACGACGAGGAAAACCCCCUGCGGGGAAGGUUCUAAGACUUGGGACCGUUUCCAGAUGAGGAUCCACAAGCGCCUCAUUGACCUGCACAGCCCUUCCGAGAUCGUCAAGCAGAUCACUUCCAUCAGCAUCGAGCCCGGGGUCGAGGUGGAAGUCACCAUUGCAGAUGCUUGAGCCAGCGGUUCUAAUAAAUUGAUAAUCGGCCGUUAAGCUUCGUGGGCUCUCAUUCCUGACCCUGACGGGCCUUAGGGAGGGAGUCGUACUCCGGAAUUCAUUGCACCUUGUAGCAGGGUGACGAGAAGUAGGUAAAGAGUUCAGAAGUCGUUAUUCCCCUCCUAUGACAAGAAAAAGCUGGACACGUGGCAAAUCGAAGACUUUCCUUGCACCCAUCUGAGACGUGCAGCCCCAGGGCAAACCGUCCGCCCCAAAUCUGGAGAGUUGGUCAUAACCAGAAAGCUCCUUGGGGCAGAAGCUACGGGAUGCCAAGCUGGCGGGAAUAUUUAAACCAGCCCUCAGGACCCUCUCUGCCCUCUCUCCCCACCCUGCUUCCUGGAGAACGUCCCUUCCGUUCUCCAGAAGGUUCCAGAACACAGCACAAUAUAUCUUUAUGUGUUUUUAUCAAUCCCAGGGACUCAGGAUUGGCAUGAAACUUAUUAGAGCGAAUUUAAAGCAUUGCAAAAUUUUACUGCAACUUUGAAGAGAUUCCUGAGGGAUUUUUUUUUUUUUUUUUACUUGAAAAUUUAAUAAAAUAACCCCUUGGUCAUGAAUCUUUCCCCGGGGAAGUUGAUGGGGAAUUGUGUUCACACCUGCGGUGACGUGUACUCCAGACUCGAUUCAAUUAUAAAUCUCUGUGACCUCAACUCACCUACAGAUGGCACUGAAAGGCAUGAAAACGGUUCAAAUCUACUCUAAUUACAGUGACGUAUACAAUUCUGCAAAAUCAAUGAACAAUUCCUGAAGAUGCCAUACAGCAAAAUGGCGAGGAGUUGCAUGAAAACCGAAAUCCUACUUCAUUCAAUCAACGGAAAUGUUUUUAUUGUCUCUAAUUUUCAUUUAUUUUAAAAUCAACUUAUAAUCAUUGUGAAUGGACGUCUCUCAGAAAAUUCAACUAAACUCACCAUCCCUUUUGCUGUUGGCAGCUGCAGGGAGGGGUGUAUCUGUUGAAACCUCACUCUCUCAGGAGAACACAGAGGGAUGCAUUCUGUCUUCCUAACUGAGGACCCACUAUCCUGCGAGAGAACAUCUUAGCGCAGCGAAAGGCUGUUCCUUCGCAGCACCACGAAGACUCCAGCCUGCUCCUGUUAAAGCCCCGGCCAGGGUCAUUCUGUGUCUGUUUUUGCUGGAGGUGAUCUUGGAGGCAGCCCCUCCUCCUUGUGUUUUGUUCCGGGAAAAGCCGCCUCUGCUCGGCCUGUCUGGGGCCUGUUUCCCACCCUCUCAAAGUCCUGAGACUCUCAUGCUAGGAGACCCUCAAAUCUGUGAAAAGCAACACAGUGCAGAGCGUUCACGGUACAGACCCUGAAAGGAACACACGGAUUCCCAGCUUUUAUUAGACAGGAAAAGCGUUCUGGACCAGGGGGAGACCGCCUCUGUUUCAUCUCCUGAGUGUCACCGGGUUAGAUGCAGCCCAGAGAACCUGGCGUGGGCUCAGGGCAUGGGGAGACUCCGGCUGGGCCUCUGCAGCCGGAUCCCAGAUUCUUUUCCAUUACGGAAGAUGACUUCUUAACCCAAGGACAUACCUCUUAAUCUAAGGCCCGAGCAGCCCUUUGGAGUGUGGCUGGGACAUUUUCAAAGCUGUUGGCAGAUGGGGAGCUGCUCUUCAGAGAGGUGACACUUUCAAGGAAAGAGACCCCCUUUUCCCAGCUGGGGUUCUAAGCGGCCUCCACCGAAGGAAACGCUGAACAGUUUCAGAUUGCAGGGGGUGGGAGAUCACUGAAAUCUGGGAACGACACUGAAGCUUCUGACUUCACCUGCAAAAUCUAACAGGUUGGAUUAGUAAAUUUGUUUUUUUUAAACAGAGAAGCUAAAGCCUAGAGAAAAUACAAAGAAGCGUCAUGAAAGGCAUAUGUUAUUUUACUUUCAUAAAUGAGUUUAGCUGUGCUCCUGUCUGGGAUUUACUGAAAUGGCCUCUGAACCUCUGAGUCACACACCCCCUUGUAAACAUGAGGCCGACAUGGGUGCACUUUUGGUGGGACAGGUGUUGUCUUCUCAGAAGCCCGUGUCCAGAGGUUGGUCUAGCGAGGCCGGACUGCCCACGGGGAGCAGGCCAGGCCACGCACUGGUGGGCAGUGGCCCUUGCGAGCAGAAUCCUUUCCCAUGGGGGGUGUUCUUCCUGAGUGUUAGCCUUGUGUGUGGGAAGCAGGGGUGGCCGGUGACCCCAGCACAGGAAAUAACUAGUGAGCAGGGAUUGUUACGUUUUCCUUCCUAAGGAGGCAGCCGUCCCGUGAGUGGCCUGAGUCCCCUGCGCCCUAAGGCUGCUGCUGGUACUGGCCCUCCGUGGCUGUGUAGAAGUCGUCCAGGACGCUCUGCAGGUAGUCGAACGUGGGCCUCUCCUCGGCCUUUUCUUUCCAGCACAUUUUCAUGAUGUCGUAGAGCUCGUCCGGGCAGUUCUCCAUGCGGGGCAUCCGGUAGCCCUGCGACAGGGCGGUCAUCACGUCGGCGUUCGUUCUCCCUGAGGCCAAGAAACCACAGGUACCAUUUAGAAGCCUGACCCAGGCUCGCGCGCUGCAGUGGUCCCCACCUCCUGCCUCUGUGGUUGAAGCAAAGCUUCGGAGGCUGCCGCGGGCUGAGCUGUGUUCCCACCAUGCCCUCCCCUGCAAACCCCUAGGUUGCACUCCUAGCCCCCAGGACCUCAGAAUGUGACUGCAUUUAGAGCUAAGGCCUUUAAAGGGGUGAUCAAGUCAAAAUGAACCCUUUAGGGUGGUCCCUAACUGCCUCUGACUGGUGUCCUUGUAAGAAGAGGAGAUUAGGAAAGGUCGGGGGAGACACGUGGAGAAGACGGCCGUCUCAAGCCGAGGACAAGCCUCGAGAGAAAGCAAGCCUGCCGACACCUUGAUCUUGGACUUGCGGCCUCCAGAACCAGGAGAAAAUUAAUUUCUGUCAUUUGAGCCACUCAGUUUGUGGUAUUUUGUGCUGGCAGCUCUGAAAACUGGUACAGAGGCUAAGGAAAUUUCUGUAAGCGAUGAAAUAAAUGUUAGUACGAAGGCGAUCAAGGCACCAUUCAGUUGCCAAAGUGAAAACAGGCAACCGUGGUAAACGGAAGACAAAGUGAGUUCUAAUGACAAAGGACACUGGACUUGACAGACCUUGUGAAUGAACAGCCCAAUCCUAACACUUAAUCUCACUUUCUUUUGUAGUAUUUUUUUUCCAGCUUCUACCUGUAAUACCAAAAAGAUCAUUUUCCCGUACAGUAUCUCCUACCAAUACUUUUUCAAAAUUAGCUUUUCAUCGUAAGUGUACUUAAAGAAGUCAGGAUCCUUAAGUCAGCCGGACCAAUUGUUUAAUCCCCACUCCUCAAAUGGUCCCGGCCUUCAGUACAGUAAGAGGCAGAGUCCGCCAGGCUGUGGGAAAGAGCACAUCUCAACAGCCGGCGGGGGAAGCAGGCUGCCCGCUCUUCCUACGGGGCUCUGCGAGAGAGCUGACCACGGAGGAUGGCUUCUACUGUGGUCACGUGUCUCAGGGCAGUUCAGACGCUGAACUGUCCAUCUUUGAUACUGAGAAUAGCUUUAAGGAAAAAAAGGUCAUUUUAAUAACAUUUUCCUCCAGUGCUAAAGUGGGAUAUCGAGACAUGCUCCUUUGGCAGUUCUAGCAGGACUUAUCCACAGCUGGGUGUUUGGCCUAUUUUGUGGCUACCUUAUUCUGUAGGGACAUGGGCUCCUCUAGUGAGGAGCUGUACCUCAUGUGGAAUACUUUCACGCGUAGAAUGCAUAUAAUAUCUGGCACACGGGGGGCUCCAUUCACCCCAGCCAUUCCCUUUCCAUAGUUAUCUCCUUUCCAUAGCCAUAGAUUUUACCACUAGUGGUCACUGGAAAGAUCCUAAAAGGUAACUAGACAGUUUAGGGGAAACAUCUUUGACUUGACUGGAAACAGAACCUUCUUUUGAAUUUAUUCUCAAAUCCGUGUUUUUCAAAUUGUGCAUCACCACCCAUUUGGGAUCAAUAAAUUGAUUUUGGGGGAGCUACCAGUAUUUAAAAAUAUAAAUUACCAAUAUAAUUGAGUAAACUAGAAAAGAUCAGAGUGCGCUGUACAUGGCAAAGGUCAGUGUGGUCUUGUGAAACUUUUGUUUUAUAUAUGGAAUGGGUUUCUGUCUGUUUCUUACUGUGGGUCAUAAUCAGUGACCUCUGAACUCCUUUGCCCUUAACUAACCUUUCUUCUUCUAAGGACACAGUGACUGAAGGGCCCUGCCUGGAUUUAAACCCCUGAAAAAAGACACGACUAUUUCUGUCUUGGAAGAGCCCUUGUUUGUGAAAUGGGAAGAUCCAAGCCAACCUUAUAACUGUUAAGAUCUCUUGAAAGUUGUUUACAGGGUGAAUUAAUUUUGCUCAAGUCUACUUCUGCAACAUCAUCUUCAAAUAUUUGUGUAACGGGAAUGUUCUAACUGGAACACUUCAUUUGCUUCUCAUUGCUUGAAGCCAAGGGGCUGAUUUGCAUCGCUUUCUUUAAUUGGGCUCCUGGUCUCCAUAAAUUAUGUGGCUUCAGCAUUGCUCUGGCUUCUGUAACUAGCCAAGCUCACUUGGAUAAAUUUCUGAAGAAAGAUCCGUGUUUACCGCUACAUGGGCGUUGGGGAAAGUUCUGGGGUCCUGGCAGGAGGAUUAAUAUCCAGGGUAAAGGAAACAGCCGCUGGACCUGCAAGGCUGGGUAGGAAUACCUCUUUCACCUCCUUCCUGGAGAAGCCCCAGUUGCAUAAAAGGUCAGAACGUGCCCACAGAAGAUAAAUAAACCUUUCUAGGGCCCACGCUGCUGCACGGCAGAUUUCUUUCUUCCUUGUUCUUAUAUGUUCUCCUAACUCCGAAGAACUCUCUCAAUGAUGCAGAGGAAGGCCAGGCACGCUCCAGCCUGCCUGGGGAAUCUGACUUGAUAAGAGGAAUAAAAAGAAGGAAAUCUGAAGUCUGUCUUUUUAUGUACAAGUAAAUCUACCAACAAAAUACGGCUAUCAACGGACAAGUCUGAUGGAAGAAAGAAAGAGAGGAGAGAGACCUUGACUGAACCCUAAGAUUAAACCCGGUGCCGGUCUGUUGUUAGGUUGAAGAAGGCAAACACCCACUGGCUGGCGAUCUUUAAAGGCAAGCAACUGCAUAUUCCAUCCUCCCUCCUUUCGACAGGCGUGUAGUGAGUACUUCCUACGGGUCAUGAGCUGGCACUAAGCUCCGAGAGGUACAAAGAUGACUAAGACAGAGUCCUGUCCUCAAAUGGCACACAGCCCAGUGGGGAAGCCAGCUCAGGAGGCAGAGCUGGGGGGUGGGCAGGAGGUGACGUCUGGAGUUGGUAGGAAUUGGCAGAGACUAACAGUUGGUGAGGGAGUAAGGGAGGGAGAAGAACGCAGUAGAGCAGAGAUGAGAAAAGGGACGGGGGUUAGCGACAGGAGACAGAAGCCCGGGCGCUCCAGGAACCAGGACGAUCUUUAACGACAGAGCGAGCCUGUAUGUGUGAGCAAAGGAAGUACAGCCGGCCCGGGACCGGCAGGCUCCCGCCCAGUGGCAAAUUAUUUUUUUCUGAGCGCUGCUUGUGACGGAGCAUUUGCAGCACGACGAGUUUCCUGAUUCUGGUUCACAUAUAGCUUAAGAUGCUAUAGAUAUACCUGGCAAGAAGCAGCCAGAAAAGACACGAUGCUUCCGAAAGCUUUGUCUUUUUCAAACCUCCUUUCUCUUUAUAAGAGCGAAGCAAAACAAACCCCCAACCACAAAGGUCCCCUCUAGUCUCUUUAGAAAAUUGCUAUACAAGUAUGACUACAGUGUUGCUUUUAAGAUAGUGAAGGAUCUUUUUGCCCCACCUCCCUUUUCCCCUUUAAUUCAUUCCCAAACAAAAAGAGAACACGAAAGAGAAGAACGGCGUCUCUGAUGUAAUCGGGAGACACCUGUCAGCCAGAGGCAGAAGUGGUCUGAGCCCAGAGGAGGAACGUGACCCGAGCGCCCGCCAGAGAGAAGUCAGCAGUGGAUGUCUGGUCACCACGUCUUGGGACGGGGCGCUCCUGGGCUGAGGUCGGUGCUGCAGGCAGGCCUGGACCUGGAACCCGCCUCGCAGGUGCCCAGGAUAACGCCGGAGGGAUGGAAGGAGAGAAGCUCCAGGCCCAGUGGACGGGGUGCAGGGGGCGUGGAGGACACUGGGAGCAAGGAGAGUGAGGCGCACCUGGCCCGGGCCACAGCCGGGCUGCACCUGAGGACGCCAAGCUGAGUGAAAUGAACCCGGCACAAAAGGACACAUACGGUACGAUUCCACUUACAGGAGCGCCGAGAGCAGUGCAAUUCCUAGAGACGGAAGGUAGCACAGAGGUGACCAGGGGCUGGGGGGGGGAGGCGGAAUGGGGACUUAGUGUCUAAUGACCCGAAGGACCACAGUAUCGGUUUGGAAAGAUGAAAAAGUUCUGGAAAUGAACAGUGGUGAUGGUCGCACAGCACUGUGAAUGUACUUAAUGCCACUAAACCAUACACUUAACAAUGGUUACGAUGGUAAAUGUUAUUCUGUGUUUCUUUUACCACAAUAAGAAAACCCACAACAACAGCAAAGAAAGACACUGAUGUCCGCUCCCCAGGGCACCUCCGGAACGCUGAUGGCCAGGCGGUGCUCCCACCGGCAGGGCCUGGAAGAUCCUCUUCAGAAGGAACUAAACAGUCCCAGAGAACAGACCUGAAGAUACUGCCGGGUGAGGAUGCUGACAGUAAGCCCGGUGGUCCAGAGGCCCUUGUUCCACAAGAUGUCUCACCGAAGCAAAGGGGAGAAGGUAAGCCUCAGAGGAGGACAGAGGACACGAUGACAGGGACAGAAGCGUAGACAGGGGGCUCUGACGAUCACCCCAGGAGGUCUACUGUCCUACCAGUGAGUGAUUUGGAAAGAGGCAAGGAGCGAAUUUUCAAAGAAGCAAUAUACGAAAACUUCCCAAAAUCUAUGGCUACAAGUUUCCAAAUCAAAAGAACAAAACAGGUACCGAGCGUGACAUAAAAAUGACAGAAGUGUCACACCAAGGUACAUGGCCAUAAAUCUCAGGGACAAAGAAGGAUCUCGAAUGCUUCCAUAGAGGAAACGGGAUCCUAGGGAGGAGAUAGUACAGAAGCCAUCAGCCUUCAGGGCAGCCACUCGGAAAGCUGAGGUCAGUGGAAGAAGUUGCUUAAAAUUCUAGGUGAGGACGUUUGGUGAACUAGCGUUCGUAACAUAAACAAGUUUGGUAACUGGACUUAUUUAGCUGUUUAAGUAUAUUUAGGGCACGAGUCUCUCCAGAAGAAGUCCUAUUUGGAGCGGAGUCUAUCGUCUAGGUACGAACUAGAAGAAUAUUAUCUUUGAUGCCUCCAAUUUUCACGAGGCAGUCUCCAAAGUCGAGCACGCAACAAUCGUGAUCUGUUUACUCAUUCGGCGUCCCCACCCACGAGGGGAGAGCGCUUCACGGCAAGAGCUUUCGGUCUAGGGCUGCAUAUUUAAAAGCAUAACAAUAAAAUAGGGUUGAAAUGGACUAACAGUAAACGAAGACAAAGGAGUUUUGAGAUUUGCCCCCAAUACAACGACUAGGUGCAAAGCCCUUUCCUAAAAAGCAGGUGACGGAAAAGCCCUUUUCUGCAUUACACCCCAUCUGCACAGAAGUUCGCGGCGCCAGCUGUGCCAGUUCAAAGCGUCUGUUCAGCGAGUAGGACUGCAAAUGGGAAACGACACUCUCGUGCUCCACUAGCGCUUACUUCGUAUUUGACGACCAGAGUUUUGAUAAGUUUACUAACAACAUUGUACAUUUUCUUCUCACACUCCCAGGGUCUGUUUUCUGUGGCUGCUAUCCGUUUGGGCAUCCAGUCACUCUGUGUACUUGGUACAGCUCUAGUUAUAUACGCCUUGAGAUUCCUGGGAUGUCUCUGACGGAUGCACCAGAAAUUGAGAACAGUGGCUGCCUUGGGAGCAGGGGUUGCGUGGCUGCAGACAGACGCACCUGUCACCUUACACCUCUUUGUACCUCUUGGACUUAGAACCGUGUGACCAUAUUCUUAUUUAAUAAUAACUAAAAUGGAGGAAAAUCUUGACCUAGGAAAGAACAGUCUGCGUAUAAUAGUUAGAACUAUGAACAGCAAAUGUUAGGAUAAAUAGCCAGGAUUCCCAAAAGCCAGUGCGUCUCAGGAGCUGACGAGAGUGAGGCCCCGGGGGCAAGUUUCCAUCAGAAGCCUCUUGCACCACCUGAUUUUUUAAAUAUAUUUUUUAGACAAGAAGUAAAAUAUUUAAUAAAAGCAUACUUGUAAAAAGUUAGCCGCUUCAGGAAUUUAUCAAGAAAAAAAUAAUGUAACCUGUUAUUUCAUUGCUCAAGGAUAGUAACAUUUUGAUAUAUUACACCUUUUAGUCUUUUUUUUUCCUCUGUUCAUUUUAUAGGAGACUUUCUUAUUUCUUUUCUGUUUUUAUUCCCCUUUUCUUUCUCUUAGUGCCUUUUUAUUUUGCAAAGCUGGGCCUAUAGCUUCUAAACCACACAAAAAAGAGACAUAUCCAGCGCUUUUCCGGGUAAAGAAAGCAUUCUCCGAUAACUUAAUUGUCAGUGGGCCUGUCGGAAGCAGUUUUAUAACAGUGAUGGGACUGGCAUGUACUGUCUAUGUUCACCAGUUUCCAUGCUCUCUAUGGAUCGAGUCCUCUGAUAAUUAAGUAAGUAGGACUGUCCGCUCUGUUCACAUGUCCUAAUGCUAGAGGCUCUCAUAACAUACAACGCUUGUGACUGGGAAACCUCAUCAACCCAGAACUCCCGAAGGAUGACACAUCCCUGGGAGACCGCAGAAUAGACCAACGGAUGCUCUCUGGUUGGUCCUAUCAGGUUUGUGUGUGUGUGUGUGUGUGUGUGUGUGUGUGUGAUCCUCACUGCUUUUCUCCUGGUUAUUUUAUAAUUUUUAUGGUUUUUCACCCCGAGCAUUUUCUAAUCGUGGGCAUUGAGCACAGCAGGUCAGACUGAGAAGGCCGGGAUUCUGCAGCGGCUCUGCCAGGAGCUCGUGAUGCAGUUCUGGGCAAGAGUCCCCUUCUCAGAGCCUCAGGGCCUCGUCUGGCACAUCACUGUGGAGCAUGCAGCACAUACCACACAACACGUGUGAGGCUGUAUGUUUACCUGAUCAGAUGUCAUAUAUAUAUAUAUAUAUAUAUAUAUAUAAAAUCUUUCUCUAUAGGUUAUAGGUUAUAGAUAUAUAAUGUCAGAUAUCCGGGCUGAUCAGGAAAUACUGUCCCCAUUUUGCAGGGGUGCUAUUCAUGAACUUCAGGGUCUAGAACAGAGCGGCCAUCAGAAUAUGAAAUGCGGGCACCAGAGGGGUUUCAUGGUACAGUCAGCCCACUGCACAGGCUCCACUGAAGGCCUUCCCCUCUGGCUGGCCCCCCGGGCCCCAGCUUCUCUACGCCUCAACCCCGAAGGGCAGUGAGGGUGACGAGGAGCGCAAAGGCCGUGCGGCUGCUCUGUCCCAAAGCUCCCGAAGCCCCUGCGUGGCCCGAGGCUCGCGUCCGCUCCCGCCCAGCUCCGUGCCUCCAGCCCCUGAUCGGGACCCCGUGGGCCACCCAGGCCCUUCUGUCAGGUCCCUGAGUUCCCUGCUGCUGCCAGGAUCACUGUUUAGAACCUGCAGCCCUGUCCCACCCCCCGAUUCCUACACCACCGUGCCCCCUCCAUGGCGCCCCUCCCAUCCUACGCACUGGCCCUAUUACCAGUGAUUAUUAUUAGUGAUUGUUAUCAGUCUCUCCCUCCUCAAGUAUUAGCUCUCAAGGGCAAAAGCUGGGACUGCUCCAUCCGGGCACCUCGUGAGGGCCUGGGCUCCCUCAGAUAUUUUUUGAACGAGGGAAUGACUUAAACAUUAAAGAUUUAAUUUAAAAUUGGCCGUAUCCAUUCAUUUUGUUAAAAGCCAAACAUUAACAAGAAUGUGACAGCUUGGGGAAAAAUCCCUCUUCUUGCACAUUCCAGCAUGGAUCCUGGAAAAAGGGAGAGCUGGGAGAAUCUGGCUCCGAGGAGGUUAGGAAUCCGGAAAUACUGAACGAUGUCCCCACGUCCAGUAAGUCAAAGAUCUGAAGAAUCUGUCACUCACACACAGGGGUGGUUAUUUCCUGACGAGGCAGAGACUCCAAAGUCCCUUGUGUGAACUUCUGUUUCAAAACUGACCGAGAAAGAAUUGUAAAAGCCUUAUCUUGGGAGGGGCACUUGUGUCUCAUCCUCUAAUGCAUCCUUAUCAGCAGUACCUGUGAUGGUGCCAGGCACAUUCUAGGCAGCAAGGGGUGGAAUUGAUUAGCGAAGCAAAAGAAUAUACGCUCCAUCAGGCAAGAGGGCAGAGAAGUUUCUAAGCAUAUCUUAGGACAGCUUCCAGGAACGACAGUCAAAAUAAAGUUCUGGCACCGUGGGCUUACUUUGCUUUUGGAUAUAAGUUUAUCUUUUUAUGACUCGUGCCACUUGCCUUUUUUCUCAUAUAUACCAAGUGAAUGGAAAUAGGUAAGUAACUGGUACCUGGGUAGGGAAUUUUCCCAUAGGUGACGAUUUCGUACAGGAGAAUUCCAAAGGACCACACGUCAGACUUAAUAGUGAAACAUCCGAAGUUGAUUGCUUCUGGAGCUGUCCACUUAAUGGGGAACUUAGCACCUAGAGCAGAAGACACAGGUGUUUUACUUGGGUCUCUGAGCUGAAACAAAAGAGUCAUGGGCGUGUGACCUCACACUUUCCUUUGCGGGGAAAAUUUUAAUGAAUGAUUUUGAACAGGUUAACACAUACACACAGUAGAAAAUAGAGAUGGUACAAAAUGUCAUACUAAGAAUGUUUGCCUCCCUCUGUUUCCCUCGCGGGCAUUCCCCUCUUAAGAAGCAAAGUUUCUUGUGUAUUGUCUUAGCGAAAUCACAACUAGCACACUUGAAACGUGAGAACAUGACACCGAAUGGAAAGGCAUCUAUUCUCAGCUUGUACACCUGUCCCAACACAUCAGCCUUCUACAGCGUAUAAUUAAGGCCAAGGAUAAAUUAUAAUCCACCUAAGAGAAUGCAAACUUGAGGCAGGAGAACUACCGUAAGUAUGACGAAUGCAGGAGAUGCUAGACAAAUCAAAUCAAUCAAGUUUCAAUUUGUCUGUCACCUCUAUAAAUUCUGUGGGUACCUUCCAGAAAUAACACACAUGUAGUUAAAAUAAUCCUUGUUUAACAAUUCUUAGGAAUGUCGAAGAAAGUGCUUGGCUCUUUCAGAAGAGAGAAAGCACUGCAAAAAAACCCACUCAACUUUCACGAGUGAGACCAUCAGAAUCCUCAGAUCAUAAGCAACAGAGAAGAAUCUGCAACAGGAAAGGUCAGUGCAGCCCCAGACAGGGCUGGCCCCAGAAUGACAGGCCAGGAACUCGAAGAUUUACUCUGUACGUUUUUUGGUUUACAUAUAUAAUAUGGAAGGUGGGAAAAUAAAGGAGUGUAUUGUUGUAGUGUUAUA